CUCCAAUAUAACUCAAACUUUCGAGCCAAAGUAUUAUUAUAACAUUACUAAGGGAAGAGAAAUGGCCCAUCCUAUAAACAUGCUGAUUUUAUGCUUCACCUUCUUCCUCUUACUUAACCUUUCUCAUAAUUUUGCCUCUGCUUUCACUUCUCAAGAUUACUCUGAUGCUCUUCAGAAAUCGAUUCUCUUUUUCGAGGGACAGAGGUCAGGAAGGUUGCCUGCAAAUCAACGCCUUAAGUGGAGGGGUGAUUCUGGCUUAUCCGAUGGUUCCGGUUACCAUGUUGACCUUGUAGGAGGAUAUUAUGAUGCAGGGGACAAUAUUAAGUUUGGGCUGCCAAUGGCAUUCACAACAACUAUACUAGCAUGGAGUGUAAUUGAAUUUGGAAGCUCCAUGCACAACCAACUUGAUAAUGCUAAAGAAGCGAUUCGUUGGAGUACUGAUUAUCUUCUUAAAGCAGCUACAGCGAGUCACAAUACGUUAUACGUGCAAGUAGGAGAUCCAAACGAAGAUCACAAGUGUUGGGAAAGACCUGAGGAUAUGGACACACCGCGCAAUGUUUACAAAGUGUCGCCACAAAAUCCAGGUUCUGAUGUUGCUGCUGAGACUGCUGCUGCUUUGGCUGCUGCCUCUAUUGUGUUUAAAGAUUCUGAUCCUUCUUAUUCCUCUAAAUUAUUGCGUACUGCACAAAAGGUGUUUGAUUUUGCGGACAGGUAUAGAGGUUCAUAUAGUGACAGUCUCAGUUCAGUGGUCUGCCCAUUUUACUGCUCUUACUCUGGAUACCAUGAUGAACUUUUGUGGGGAGCAUCAUGGCUACAUAGAGCUUCACAAGAUGCUUCUUAUCUAGCUUAUAUUCAAUCAAAUGGCCAAACUUUGGGUGCUACUGAAGAUGACUAUUCCUUCAGUUGGGAUGACAAGAGACCUGGAACCAAAAUUGUUCUCUCAAAGGACUUCUUGGAAAAGAGUACUCAAGAAUUCCAAGCAUACAAAGUUCACUCAGAUAACUAUAUCUGCUCUUUGAUUCCAGGUUCACCUAGCUUUCAAGCUCAGUAUACCCCAGGGGGGCUUCUAUUUAAAGGAAGUGCAAGCAAUCUCCAAUAUGUAACAUCAUCAUCAUUUCUCCUAUUAACCUAUGCCAAAUACUUGAGAUCAAAUGGAGGAGCUGUCUCAUGUGGAGCUUCAAGAUAUCCUGCAGAGAAGCUCGUUGAACUCGCAAAAAAACAAGUAGACUACAUAUUAGGAGAUAAUCCAGCAAGAAUAUCGUACAUGGUUGGUUUCGGACAGAGGUAUCCGUUACGUGUGCACCAUAGAGGUUCAUCUAUACCUUCAGUGCACACACAUCCUGGUCACAUUGGCUGCAACGACGGAUUCCAGUCUUUGAACUCGGGCUCGCCUAAUCCAAACGUUCUUGUGGGAGCCAUCGUUGGUGGUCCAGACAGUAAAGAUAACUUCGAAGACGACAGGAGUAAUUAUGAGCAAUCAGAGCCUGCUACAUACAUUAAUGCACCACUAGUUGGAGCUCUUGCUUUCUUAUCUGCAGAAUCUAUCUAAGUAGUAUAGUGGAUAACAUAUUUGGUUGAUUGGAGUUCAGCCUUUGGUCUUGUAGCAGAGGAAGUGGAUCAGGAAAUCCCUAUGGUCCUAUGGCCGCUCAAGAUAAUUGUGACGAGAAAGUUACACUAGAUAUUUAUGUUCUUAUUUUACUUCUAUGCAUUCAGCAUGUAAACAAGAGAUUUCCAGAGGGAUUCUUGAUUCCUCUAGAGUCUAAGACCCUUAAAAUGCUUGAAAUGAAUUUUCGGAUGACUGCUAAA